AUGGUUUUAACUUUUACACGUUUUCUACCCACAAGUCACAGCUACCAGUCUCUAGAAUCUUCUGCAGUUCAUUUUUCGCAAGGCCUCCUCAGAGAUAUGCCUCACCAUCAUCCACCAGGACCCCCACCACCGCCAGACCCGUUUGCUCCUCCACCACCGGACCCCGCACCGCCAAGACCACCUCCACCAGGGCCUCCUGCUCCACCCCCGCCAGGGCAUCCACCUCCGGGUGGACCUUUCGCUCCACCUCCUCCAGGACCACCUGGUCCUCCACCACCACGUGGUCCUCCACCACCACCUUAG